GGCCAGCUCCGGCAGCAUCCGCAGCGCCCACAGCCGCUCCCCGUCCCUGCAACGCGUGCAGGAGGAGAAGGAGGUCGACCUGCCCACGCUCCGGAGGAGCAGCCGCGGCAAGGCCAGUGCUGAGCAUUGGCGAAGGUGGCUUUUGGGAAGGAACUGUGAAAGGAAGGACCGGCUGGUUCCCAGCAGAAUGCGUCGAGGAGGUGCAGAUGCGGCAGUACGACCCGCGGCAAGAAACCAGAGAAGACAGGACGAAGCGUCUCUUCCGGCAUUAUACUGUGGGCUCUUACGACAAUUUCACCUCUCACAGCUGAAACCCCGAUCGAGGAGUUCACGCCGACGCCAGCCUUCCCCGCGCUGCAGUACCUGGAAUCCGUGGACGUGGAAGGCGUCGCGUGGCGAGCGGGGCUGCGCACCGGAGACUUCCUGAUCGAGGUGAACGGCGUCAACGUGGUGAAGGUGGGGCACAAGCAGGUGGUGU